UAGCACAAGCUAUAAUUUUCUCCUCUGUUUUCCCGGGAAAAUUCCUUCUCCACCACUGGUUUGCGUGGCUAAUCGACUUCUAUUGUCUGAUAAUCUGAGAAAGAUCCCUCUUCUCUCUUCCUUCAUUCUUCUUUUCUUGUGGGGUUUGAAUAAUUCGUGAUAAACUCUUCAGUUCUAGUCUCUAGACACGAGCUUUCAUGGCUGUGGCUUCUUCUUCGUCGUCUGUGUUCCUUAAAUCGCCUCUGUCGCCAUCUCCAGCGCUCCAUUUUCAUGGCGGAGAAUUUCCCAAGAGCCGGCCAUGGAUUCAGGCUCGACCCAGAACUAGAUUUUACUGUAAAACUGCGGUCAGAGCUCAAUCGGAGGUCAGGAGGGAAGAAAUAGUUAUAGUUGGAGGAGGGAUUGCUGGUUUGGCCACUGCUCUGUCCCUUCACCGGCUUGGAGUUAGAUCAUUGGUGCUAGAGCAAGCAGAAUCACUUAGAACUGGUGGAGCUUCACUGACCCUUUUCAAAAAUGGGUGGCGUGCGUUGGAUGCAAUUGGGGUUGGAAAUGUUCUCAGGACCCAGUUUCUUGAGAUUCAAGGGAUGGUAGUGAAGUCAGAAGAAGGAAAACAGCUGCGCUCCUUCACUUUUAAGGAUGAGGAUGAAAGGUGCUCGGUUUUUCUACAUUUACUGCUAAUAGAACUGAAUCAGAAUCAAGAGGUACGCGCUGUGGAGAGGAGAAUACUGCUGGAGACUCUGGCCUCUCAGCUUCCUUCAGGAACAAUUCAGUUUUCUUCUAAGUUGGAAGCCAUUCAAAGAACUGACCAAGAUGAACUUAAGUUGGAACUUGUGGAUGGAACACAGCUGAUUGCAAAGAUUGUCAUCGGCUGCGAUGGCAUUCGAUCUCCUGUAGCUCGGUGGAUGGGGUUUUCGGAGCCGAAAUACGCCGGGCAUUGUGCCUUUCGUGGGCUUGCAAAUUAUCCAGACGGACAGCCACACGAGCCGAAAGUUAACAACAUCUAUGGAAGGGGGUUGCGUGCUGGUUAUGUUCCAGUUUCUGCUACAAAAAUUUACUGGUUUAUCUGCUAUAAUAACUCAUCUCCAGGACCAAAAAUCACAGAUCCAGCUGUUUUAAAACAGCAAGCAAAGGAGCUAGUCAGAAACUGGCCAUCAGAUCUAUUAAACAUCAUGGACACAACCCCGGACGAGACAUUAAGUCGAACGCCCCUUGUAGACCGAUGGCUAUGGCCUGCAGUCAGCCCCCCCGUUUCAUCGGGGAGAGUGGUUCUGGUUGGAGAUGCUUGGCAUCCAAUGACUCCAAAUCUAGGACAAGGAGCGUGCUGUGCAUUAGAAGAUGCAGUGGUUCUAGCAAGGAAGCUCACCGCUGCACUCAAGUCCGGUAGCGGUACACCUUCUGUUGAAGAAGCUAUGAGGUCAUAUGGAACUGAACGAUGGCCUCGAGUCUUUCCGCUUACCGUGCGAGCCAAUAUGGUCGGAUCAGCUCUGCAGUGGGAGAACCCAGUUGUUUGUUCUGUGAGAAACAAUGUUGUGAUACCCAAACUGGUUAGGCUAGGACCUCUGCUAGAGCAUACCAAUUUUGAUUGUAAUGCUUUGUGAAUAUAUAACAGAACAGAAGAUUUCAGGUUCAAUGCUCAAAAAACAUUAACAAGUUUAUUAUAAGUUUAUUACUUGA